GAAGUGAGUGCCCAGUAUGCAGUGAGUGCCCAGUAUGCAGUGUGGAAUUGUGCUAUAAGAUAUCAGUGGAUACCAAACUAUGUGAGAUAGACCACGUUCACCUGACCAUCAAGGAUAUACUUGCCGAUUGCAUAAUCUAAGAGCGGGAUUCUCCAAGACGGACCAAGCGGAAGGAAGGCUAUCAUCUCGGUACCAUGUAUAACAAACUUCUUCGAAAGCUCCAGCCCCAGUGUCUUCCAACACGAGUAAUUAUCUGCAUCAUGAUGUUUACGGCCUGCUGGACGAGCUAUAUGUGUCGUCUUCAGAUGAGUGUACUUGUGGUACCUAUGAUAAAAACUGCAGAAGAUAGAUCAAAUUUAUCAGGCGUUUGUACAAUUGUAGAUAGAAAUAAACGAUCAUUGUAUUCAGAGCCAGAAGAAGAUGUGACUCAAUCACCAUCAAACAAAACUUUAGAAGGUGAUUUACCACUUGAAAAUAUCAAUCAAUCGAACCUGAUCUUUAGAUCCGUCAUACCUGAAGUUCGUAGAGAUACUCGUCCUCCAGGAAUUUAUUUAUUUUCAAAUCAACCUUUUAAUUGGUCUCCAUUCAUCAGAGGUCAAUUAAUUUCUGCCUACGCUUGGGGUAAUGUUCCUGGUAAUUUCAUCGGUGGUGUUUUGGCACAAAAAUAUGGACCUCGUCAAGCAAUUCUCUGGUCUUCGAUUCUGGCUGCGUUAGUAUCGUUGAUCACUCCAAUACUUGCACAAACAUCCUGGAUUGCCUUGCUUUUCUCAAGAGUGAUCAUUGGCUUGACUGGUGGUGUAACUUUUCCAGCAUGUCAUAACUUAGUUGCUAAAUGGUCGCCUCCUAAUGAAAAAGGAAGAUUUAUCUGGACUCUGCAAGGUGGAACAUUUGGAUCCAUUUUCCUAUUUGGAAUUAUUUCUAGCAUCGCGGAGAAAAUUAAUUGGGAAUCUGCUUGGUAUAUUCCUGCCGUCUCCAUGCUCAUCUGGGUUAUCUUCUGGUGGUUGUUCGCCUUCGAUUCUCCUGAAGAACAUCCUGGAAUUAAUGAGGAAGAGAAAAAGUACAUCAUCGAAUCUCAAGCUGGUAUCGUUAAUGUCUCAAAACCGACAUUGAAAGACACACCGAUUUUAAAGAUCUUAUCAUCAUUACCUUUUAUUUGUUUGGCACUUUGCCACUUUGGAAAUUUAUUUCUGUUAUUUUUUUAUCAAAAUGGCAUGAUGCUAUAUCAAACAAAAGCUUUAGGCUUCAAGUUAACCAAAGGAGGAAUUGUUUCUGGUUUACCAUGGGCCAACCGAGUAUUAUUCGCAUUCAUUUUUGGUUGGGCUGGUGAUACAAUCAAAAGGAAAAAUCUAUUAUCUAUUACCAAGCUACGAAAAAUCGCCACGAUAUUUUCACAUUUAUUGCCUGGUUUAUGCCUCAUUAUUGUUGGUUAUCUUGGAUGUUCAUUUACACUAGCCAAUGUAUUCCUAAUUUUGGCUCUUGGAUUUAAUGGAGCAGCUUCAGUUUCUAAUUUAUCAAAUAAUCAAGACUUGUCCCCAAAUUAUGCUGGUUUCCUCUAUGGUUUGAUGAAUACUUUCGGUGGACUCUCUGGUAUUAUUAUUGGACCUAUUGUUGAAGAAGUCGCUGGAAAAUGGGGGCAUUCAAUUGAACGAUGGAGAAUACUUUUCUGGAUGGGUGCAUCAGUUUGCAUAUCUUGUAUGGUAAUUUUCGUCAUUGGUGGAAGUGGAGAAGUGCAAAGUUGGAAUGAAAUAGAGCCAAGAGAGGAAAGAAGAGACAAUAAUAAAAAGACAAACAAAAAAUCCGAUGAAAGUGGACCAAGUAUCAGAAUGUCAGAAGCGUGACGAAAAUGAUUAUUUAUAAUUUUGUAAUGAUUUAAUUCUAUGUGAUAUUAUAAGAUAUAAUUUAAGACAAUUAUUGUAUAGAUAUUAGCAGGAAUAUUGCUUUGGAGUAAUAAAAAAUUGUUAUUUUAUCAUAAGAAAAUAGAUCUAGAAUUU